AUGGCUUUGCGUCGUUAUGGUCGCAAAGCUGGGCAUGUCCCAAUUUUAUUGUUUUAUUGUGUUUUUCAUUAUACUAAUCACCUUCCUGAUUUAUUUAGACUAAAAAUGUCGUCAAUAUUCCCUGCGUAUCGUAGAAAUAGUCGAGAGGAUAGAAAUGGUCGAAAUGAUAGAAAUAGUCGAAAUGAUAGAAAUAGUCGAAAUGAUAGAAAUAGUAGAAGAUCACGGGAUAGUAUGUCUUCUGGCUUUCCAGAUGGGCAGCGUUUCCAGCGUUUGCCUUUUGAUAGCUUCGGUCAUUCUGAACCUCCAUCAGACUUAAAUUUGUUUACUACGACUCAGGAUCAUUUGAUGCAAGCUUAUGAAUCAAGACAACGAGAAACGACUGAUCGAUAUAUCCAGAACCAAAUCCAAGCUGGAAUUCGACUUGAGCAAGAAAGAAGUUGGGUUGGUACAAAGCAAGUUAAUUUUGAUGAUGACGAUCCAGAUUUUGUUCCAAUGGGUGAAUCCAGUUCUGCCUUUGAUCGACAGCCACCUACGGUUCAAGUUGUUGUUGUUGAGAAAAAAUCACGUAAGAGGAAGAAGCAUAAGAGGCGUUCAUCUUCCUCAUCUUCUGCAGAGGGAGAAUCCGUUGGAGCAAGCAAGCACAAGAAACGCAAGAGGCGCAGACAUGAGUCAGAUUCCGAAUCUCAGGCUGAUGAGUAUGCCGAGGGGACUUCGAGACGUUUUAUGCAAUCUUCAGAAACGGCCUUCGACUCAUCACGCAAUCCAUGGCGUCUCUUACGCAGAAACGAAUAUGUUUAUACUCCGUCACAUAUGGUUGUAGAUCGCCGUUCAGAUCUUGCUAAUCUUCAAUACGAACAGCCCUAUAGAAGUGAAAUUGCUGAUUAUCGAGGUGUUUUUCCUAUGAAUAAUACUUCAUUGAACGAAAUUCGUGCUGUUUCUGAAACACUUGCGUCUCUUCUUUAUAAGCCAAUGGAAUUUUUGGCUUCCGCUGACGAAAAAUGCUACGCUGAAAUUCAUAUUUUUAAUUGGAAUCGACUUCCUGUUGAGCGCUUCUUUCGACGUAAUACGGAUGGCUCUUUUUCUAAUUUUGUGACAUUAUCACACCAACCGCGCAAGAAAGAUGAUGAAGGGGCUUCUGUCGGCCCAGUGCUUGAUCAAGAACUUCUCAAUAAAAUCGAUAUAAACGACUUUGGUCACUUCCGAAUCAGCCAAGAAGUAAGUCAUGCGGAAGCUGCUCAAUUUGACAUUGAUGCACAAUUUUCUGUCUUGCAAAAUUCUGUAAAUAUAGAUCGCCACGAUGUGAAAUCUUGGUUGGAGUUUAUUGAUCUUCAGAGGCCUUACCACGCCAAAAAUGAAUGUGGCGAUCCGAAUGCACCUAUCCAAAAUGAAAAGGCCUACUAUGAACGUGUUAUGGAAAUUAUUCGUCGUGCUACAGGAUUUAACCAAACAAGCCCUGAGAUUCAAAUUAAGAAGCUUAAAGUGAUGGAAGGAUAUUUGGGCCGUACUUCUGAUGAAGUUAAGAAAGAAUGGCUUCGCUGUGAAAAUCGCUUCAUAAACAAUCUAAAUAUGUGGAAGGAUAACUUAAAAAUGAGAAUGAAUGAUCGUACACUUGGUUCAAUUUCCAAAUGCAUUGAAAAACUUGUUCAAAUCAAGCUUGGAAUUAUUCGUAGCCAUCCACCAAUGGAGGGGACUGACGAGUUUCUCGUCGAUCUGCUUGUUGCCUAUUGUGCUCUUCUCAUAUCAACUGGAUUUAUUGAUCGAGCAGUUGUGAUGUUGCAAGCGUUGGCCGAAUUCCACUUCUUUAAUCCAGUCAAUGAUAUGAAUGAGGAUUUUAAUAGCGACAAUUGUGAUAAAAAGUCUGGAAAAGCAUGGGAGGACAUGUUAAGAAGUUUCCGCAUUUUUUGGGACAGUGGAUUUUUACGAAUUGGAGACCUGGAUGCUAGCGGUUGGUGCAAUAUCGAGCCAAUGGAAUACGAGGAUCACGAUCGAAAAGUUGAUUAUACGAGUUGUGAAAGUGACAAAAUUGAGGGUGAUAAAACGCAAAUUCGUUCUGCGGAAAAUGCUGAGGUUGAGGAUUUGAAAAGGCAGUCUGUUUCGUUUAUAGAAUCUCGUAGACGUUUAGAUAAAUUGCGAGCACGGUAUUAUUGGGAGCCGGUUCGCAUUAAACACGAGGAAGGAAAAGAUUUAUAUGAGUAUGAUUCCCGUUAUGUUUCUUUCGACGAUCUUCGGCCAAUCCUUUUUCCUAUAGAUAAUGAUGAUAUAGCUCGUGAAUUAAUUUUUAAAUUAUUGCAUUUGUUCGGCAUUUUUGUCCCAGGAGUGACUUUAAAUUCACAAGGAGAUAUCUUACGAUCUUUUUCACGAAAACUUUUUCCUUCAUAUAAUCCAAGUACAUUGAAACUCGAGCGUUUUCCUAAUUUUAUUGCCAAUUUUAUCAAUUUAAUGGCUGAUUCGAAACGAAUGGAUAUGCAUCGGAUUUAUCCAGCUCGUGUAUCAAACAUAUCAAAUUCUUCGUUUUCCCGUGCUGAGAAGUCAAGAAAGCUCAAAAUGCUCGUUCGAUCUUUUCAUAAUGAGAAACGUCAGUCUGGUGAAAAUGUUACUGGAGACAUUGUGCUUCCUGUUUUGAUGGUUAGUUUUGAGGAGCUCAUUUUACUCAAAGAGAACGCUGAUGAUAAUUUUCCUCUUGAAUGUUGUAUUAAAGUACUUUAUGAAAACUUAGACAUGCAUGGGCAAUCAAUCUGGGAAUUUGCUGAUAAAAUUCCUUCUACUAAUGAUCCAAUCUCGAAAAAGAGAACUUAUUUAAUUUAUCUUCGCCUUCUUAUUUUUCUUGUUCGCAACUUGCCAUUUUCGGAUGAAGAGAAUUGCUAUACGAAGGUUAAAAACGUUAAAAUUUCUGGAGCUGCAACUGUGCGAAUACAAACAAAAAAGGAGUUACUUUUGAGCAUUUGGCUGACAGGAAAAAUUUCUCCGGUUGAAGGUCAUACUACUAAUAUUGAUGCAGCGCGCGAAAGGGUCAGACGUAUGCUCUUAAGAGAGGCGCCAAGAGAACUUGAUGACCUGAAAUUUCGGUGGAUUGGAAAUGAAUAUGAAUUUAUUUUUGAAUUGGCUGCAUUAUUCUGUUAUGAAUAUCCAUUCCGUUCUAAUGCUCAACGCUACAAAUUUUUCCAAGAAGAUAAGCCUCUUUUUACUUCAUCUUUGGCUAAAUCAUUGAGUGAUUCCCCAGCUGUUCAAGAAGUUCGAGUUGCCGUUUUGAAGCAUAUCACUCAUACUUGUAAAGGUUUAGAAUGUACUCCUCGAAAUUUGAUUCAAUUAGUUGAGAAACAAGUUUUUCGUUUCCCGCAUAGUGUUUUCCUUUUGAAGACGCUUUUGGAUGUGAAUAACAGUUUAUACCAGCGAAAGUUUCUUUCAAAGAAUGUUAAUGGAGAUGAAUUAACUCGUUUAAUACGUGAUUGUGGUCGUCUAUAUGUUGAGCGAGCAAAAUUUGCUGAGUUUUUGAGAGCAUCUGGGGACACAGUUAGUUGGACUUCUAAGGAUGUUACAACAAUGUUUAAACGUUUUAUUGGUAUAUGUAAACAAAUUGCAGAAAAACAUAGUGAUAAUCUAAUUCCUGAUGAUUAUAUUUGGUUCAUUUUGAUGAAAAUAAUGAUUGAUGGGAGAGAAAGCAUUUCUUUUGAAAAAAUUGAUGAGGUAUUUGCGGUUGGUCAAAAACUCUGCCCGUGGAGUAAGGCAUUCCUAUUUGAAGCGGCACGAAACCGACCAGUCUCUGAAAGUUCGUUUUUGACUUCAUUGAAUGGAGCAAUUGGCACACAUGGAUUGAACAAAUAUAUAUUGGAUGCUGAAGUUCGACUUUUAACUACAGAAAAUAUUGUUUGA